CCUGCUCUCCUUUCUGUCUGAGGGUGAAGUUUCCACAAACUGGUCUGUACACGGAACUAAAGAUGAAGGCGGGUUUAAGGUGAGGAGGGGAACCAGAACCCAGUGACGGAUCAUCAGAACCGUUUCCUGUCACACUCGCUGAUUCUCUGCAGGAAGUCCAACACAGUGCUGUUCCUGGUUCUGCUGACUCCAUCGGACCGUGACCCGAGACCCUGGUUCUGAACCAGAACGUGGAUCAGGUUGUUUCUGAAACCUGAGCUCUGAGUUCUCACCUGAACCCUGUGGCUGCGUGGAGAAGAGACUUUUAUUGUGAAAGGUGACCGGAAGUGUUGUUUCCGGCAGUGAUCGGGGCGCGAGCUUGACGGUGAUGCGCAGCUCGUGAAGCUUCAGAGCAGAAAGAGGUCGGACCCGAACCGCAGCUCGGAGAUCAUCAGCAGCUGACUGUGACCAUGACUCCCUCCCCCACUCUCUCAUUGGUUGGCCUCCUCUUCCUGAGCCUCGCCUCCUCGGAGACCGUCGACCCCUCAGUGAAGGACCUGGCCAAUAGGAACGCAGACUUUGCCACCCGGCUGUACCGAGCCGUCUCCAGCCGGACCGAUGACAACGUCUUCCUGUCUGCUUUCACGCUGUCCGCCGGACUGUCGGCGCUGCUGAGUGCCACCAGCGGGCCGACCCAGGUCCAGCUGCUGCAGGCACUCAGCCUGAAUGGACUGGACCCGGAGACGCUCCCAGAUCUGUUCCAGAAUCUGAGGACUGUGGUCCUGCAGGGGAGUCAGGGUGUGGCCGUCUUCCCAUCCCAGAGCUUCCAGGUGUCACCAUCCUACAUGGACCUGGUUCAGACGAAGUUUGGGGGGAAGGUUCAGAGUGUGGCCUACACGGUUCCGCAUGAAGCCAUCGACACCAUCAACCGUUGGGCCCAGGAUAACACCGAAGACAACGUCCAGGAGCUGGUGACCAGCCUGGACCCCCAGACCCAGCUGCUGCUCGCCACUACCGCCUACUACCAGACCCGGUUCAGCCCGUCUUUUAACUCGUCCCUGACCCAGGACGAGCGUUUCUAUGUGGACAAAUAUCAUGUGGUCAUGGUUCCCAUGAUGUUCCGGGCUGAUAAGUACUUCCUGGCGUACGACCGCUCAGUGAAGGUUGGCGUGUUGAAGCUGCCGAUGGCGGACGGGGUGGCCAUGUUGGUUGUGCUGCCUGAUGAAGACGUGGACAUCACCGCCGUUGAAGAGGAAGUGACUGCUGAGAAGAUCCAGGCUUGGAUCAGACAACUCAAGAAGACGAAGUUGGAGGUGCAGCUUCCUCGCUUCCUAUUGGACCGUUCCUACUCUUUGCGUGACGUCCUGCAGACCUUGGACAUCGCUCAGGUUUUUCAGGACGAUGCUGACAUCAGCAACAUGGGCGGAGCUAAAGGACCCAAACUCACACAGGUUUAUCAGAAAUCCAUCGUGUCUGUCAACGAGAGUAGCUAUGACAUCACCGUUGGAGGCGGAGUCAGCGUGUUCUCCACUCUUCCUCCUCGACUGACCAUCAACAGACCCUUCAUCUUCAUCAUCUACCAGCAGACUACCGGCAGCGUGCUGUUCAUGGGCCGGGUCAUCGACCCCACCAAGAAAUAACUGCUGACCUGACAGGACCCUAAGCCCCGCCCACCUGAGUUACUACACCUGUAAAAUGAUCAGCUUCAUCUACCGUCUGUCUGUCCUCUACUCCAUUGUUUCCCAACCUGAAGCUUGGGACCCCUCGAGGGGCUGUGAGACAUAUUCGAGGGGUCCCGAGAGAAAGAACAGGAAAAAUAUGUCACAUUGACCUUUCCAGGUGUUUCUUUAACCCUCGCUACUAUGUAUGUAUCACCUCUCACCAGUCAAAGGGCGGGGUCAUCUAACGUCCGGGUUCAGGGCAGGGUUUACAGCUAAUGUUAGCAUGCUAAAGUAAAAUGGUGAAUAUGGAAACAUUAGCAUGGUAGCAUUGUCCUUGUGAGCAUGUCAGAACGCUGAUGUUAGCAUUAGCUACCAUGGCUGGAGAAUCACCACUCCUCCUUCUUACUUUUGAAAAUGCAUUCUGGGAUACUUUGCGUGGACUAGAGGGUAAAAUAAUUCUCACUAUACAUUUGGACAGCGCUACAAAAUGGUGAGCUCGCUAUAGAGUGAUUUCAGACACAGUGUUCUUUACCUGACAGUACCUGAGUCACGUGAUCUCCUCCCUAACUUCCUCCUGAGUCACUGGACACCAGAGCUUCAGUAACCUGUCAGUCUGUCGCACCACGAUCACCUGGGACAUGACUCACCUAGUUUGGAGUCACGAAGGCUAGCGGCCAAUCAACGAUCAAAGAUCCACCCUCAUGGUUACCGUAAUCAUUAGCUUUCUGACAUCGUAGUAACGUAGAUCAGUGUUGAAAUAUGAUGUCAAUAAAUGAUGUCUGUGGUGCAGGUAGUGAACCCUGAUGAUUAAAUGUGGGAUUUACAUCGACCCUGCGGCCCCUAACCCUGUCGCAGUUUAGUACAUAUGUAGAGUUAUGUUGUUACACCGACCCUGGGGCCCCUAACCCUGUCACUUCUCUCUGUGGUCCUCUAAAUAGAGGUCACAUAGAACCUGGUCACAACCUACAGACGUGUGGCGAGUGUUCACAAACCAUAAAGCCUGGGAAGAGCGACCAGGGGCAGAUCUUUGGGUCCCCGACGCUGAAACUGAGGGUCCAGGAGCUCUGAUACUCUAACAUCAGCUUCAGCUGGACUUUAUAUUAAUACAUGUUAGCAUGACAGCCACUAGCUUAGCAUGUGUACUGUGUGUAGUUGUUCCCUCUGUUUAAACAUGUCCUGCAGUAAACCUGACUGAAACACUCAA